AUGGACUCCGGUGAAGGAUCAGAGCAAGUUUCAGUCCAAGAGGAAGAAAGUGAGAAUUCAGUAGUUUCUCCUGCCAAUGGACAAACGCUUCCAAAUUUGCAGAAGAUUGUCGACUUUAGUGACAAAAUUAAGCUCUUGAAGGAUGAACAUGAUUUGGUAUCGAACCAAAUGAAAGAGAUCACGAAUUGUGCCCUUUUAGAACCAGAAAUGUCCCGGGCUCUCCAGCUUUUGAUUCAGUACCUUACUGAUAAGCAUGGAACUCUGGAAAAUCAGUACUUGGAAGAGUCAUCAGAGAGGAAGCGAUUAUACAAUGAAGUGAUCAAAUUCAAGGGAAAUAUCAGGGUCUUUUGCAGAUGCAGACCUCUAAACCAAGCUGAAAUAGCAAGUGGCUGUGCUUCUGUAGCUGAGUUUGAUCCAUCACAGGAAAACAAGCUCAAGAUACUUUCAUCUGAUUCCCUCCAAGAAGCAUUUUAA